AUGGCCCAGGAUAUUCUAAGUAUCGGAGGUGAGCCCGUCUUCGACGAUCGUAUUGUUAAAAUCGAAACUCACACUUACAAUCCGUAUGCAAACACCACUUUUGAAUAUAGCGAUAAGAUACGCAUACCGAUACAGCAGCAGGAUUUGUAUACUCUGCCAUGUGAGAGUUUUCUGUACGUCGAGGGAAAGUUUUCGCUAAAACAGAUUAACACGCCGUCAACAUCGAAAGAUAAGGAUAGUUUGACAAUUACGCCAAUGAGAAGAUUUAAUAAUUGUGUAGCGUUUAUGUUCGAUGAGAUUCGAUAUGAACUCGAUGGCGUAGAGAUCGAUAGAAAUAGAAACGUAGGUAUAACGAGCACAAUGAAAAAUUAUGUAUCGCUAACAGACGAACAAAGCAGAACAUUGAAAAACGCGGGAUGGGACAUCGCAAUGCAAUGGACUGCAGAGGAAUUCAGCUAUUAUGUACCUCUCAAUGUUCUUCUAGGAUUUUGCGAAAAUUAA